AUGAACACCUUUACGAAAAAUUUAAGGAAACUCGUUGACAGACGAGCUGGAGAACAGAAUUCGUUUGUCGAAGCACAGCAGCUUAUCGAAGGUGGAGCAGAUAUUACGGCAAACGCAAAAGAUGGACCAAUGAUUCAUGCUGUGAUCAAUGAAGAAAGACGACAGCGUCCAGUAUUCCCUUGGAAAGCUGAUAAUUGUUUGCGUUUAAUCGAAGUCUUACGGAAACAAGCUUCUCGUUUACUUGCUGCACAAGUUCUCUCAUCGAAUGGCAAUAAUAUCAAUGAAAUACGUCGAUUUAUUGAAUUACAAGCGAAUACUUAUCAAUCAGAGACAUUUGGAGUUCUCGGUUUAUUAGGCGAUCUUCUCAAGCAAGAACGAAUACCAAUUCAACUUGAAGUCAUACAAAUACUAAUCGUAAAUGAUUCACGUACAUAUGCUGGUUUAACUGCUGAAAAUGAUGCGAAAGAAACAUGUUUGACAAUUGCAAGAUCCAAUAGAAAAUGCAGCAAAGAAGUGAUUGAUUUUCUACAACUCGAGUUUAAUAGGAUUCUCAAUAAAAUUCCUUUUUCUCAAUCACCAAUUAAUAACAACGAAGUGGCUAACUGGAUUCGGCGAGGCGCAGAUCCCGAGACGAUAAAUGAGAAAGGUAACACGGUGCUUUUAAAUGCUGUGCUUACCAACAAUUUAGAGUUGGUUCGUGUGUUAGUUUCUUGUGGUUGUAACAUAUCUCAUAGAAAUUGUGAGAAACUUGCAGCAUUAGAUAUAGCAGAAAGAGCUACGCCAAGAAAUCAAUUACUCAUUGCUGCUCUACAAGCACAAGGUAUCAAUAUGGAAUUACGAAAACUCAUUGAAACGAAAAAAUCACAUCUUACUGUCACCGAAGUCAGCACAUUGUUAAGCGAUGGGGCUACUAUCAAUGUUUCAAUUACUAAUCAUGGUUCCUUAUUACAUUUAUUGAUUGCUAAUGAAGGUACACCAGAAAUGUUAACUGCUUUUAUAAAUGAAUUCGAUGCUGAUAUUACGAUGACAGACAGUAAAGGAUAUCGGGCUAUUGAAACAUGUAUCCUUAUCGAAGAAAAACCAUUUGUAUUACUGAGCACUUUUCUCAAAUUACCAAAAAUGGCGAUGUCAAUAUUUUUUAAUUCAAAAUUGAAUAGAACAUUACUACAAUUUGCAGUCGAACAUAACCGUACAGGUGCAGUUGAUUUGAUCCAACAGAUACUAAAUGAACGUUUAUGGAAUUAUGUAAAUGAGAAUGAUAUCAACACGAUACCGAAUGCAAAUGUUAUUAACGAGAUAAAACAACUUAUUAACUACGGUGCUCAAAUCAAUCAUAAACAUACCGAUAAGAACUAUCAAGAAUGGACCGUUUUACAUUUAUCUUGUCAAAAAGCCAAUAAAACUUUUGUUCAAUUUCUCAUUGAACAAAUGAAGGCCAGCUAUUCGAUACCAAAUGGAAAUGGUAACUGUCCCAUUGCUAUAGCUGCUGAACAUGGUAAUUUGUCGAUUCUUGAGUAUCUAUGGAAACUACCCGAAUCAAAAUUGAAUGUAUCAAACAAAGACAAUGAGACGCCACUUCAUUUAGCUACAAAGAAUUGUCACUUAUUAAUCGUUCGUUUUCUGAUUCUAUGGGGUGCUGAUCCACAAGCUCAAGAUAUGAAGAAGAGAACUGCACUCGAUGUUGCAAAAAUGAAUAUAUCAGAUAGUAAAUUAGACAAUUUGAAUGCUAAGAAACUAUUGAAUUUUCUCGAACAACUUAUUUGUCCAUCGGUAGAAGGUUCAACAAGUAGAUCAGAAUCGAUGUCAAAAAAACCGACCAUUGAUCAAGAUACAUGUGAAUUAGUAAAGGCUAUUCCUAUUAACCAAAUUCGAAUUGGUGAUACUGAUCCCGAAAAAAGAGGUUCUAAAAGUUUAGGUAUUCUUCUUGGUACACCAAACGAUAAUCUACAUGAUGCCGUUCGAACAGGCUUUGCGCCAGCCGCGAACCAAGCUAUUGGUCAAGGUGCCGAUAUUUGUUAUCGAAAAAACGGUCUUACGCCACAUCAGGCUGCGUUACAAACAAUUCAAGAAUGUUACGCCAAAUUACAAUCACCAAAUGUCGUACUCAGUGAUCGUCAAAAACUUCAAGAAAAAAUGCAAUGGUGUCAACAGAUUGCCAAUACUAUUUCGCAGAUUGCUCUUACCAAAAUGAUUAAUGCAAUUGAACAAUCUAAUGUUGGUCAUGUAGCGGCAUAUCAUAUGGCUGGAGCUUUACUUACCGGUGAAUUACUUUAUUGUACAUGUUCAUUGUCUGACAAUGUCGAAAUCGUUCAUUAUCUUUUUCAGCAAAGUAAAGAGAUUUAUCAAUCAAUUUAUAAAUAUAGUCGACCGGAAUCUCCGUAUAGAACAGCGAAGAAAAACGGAUUUUAUCGUGUAGCAGCAUAUCUUAAAUAUGUACUUUCGAUUGAAUGUACAAAAGCAGUCAAAGAAAAUAAUCUAUCCAAUGUCAAACAACUUGUUCUUAGUGGAGCCAGUGUAGAUACGAUAGAUUCAAAUAAUCUACAAGUCGCUUUACAACAUGGAAAUGUUGAAUUAAUUGAAUUUCUUUGUGUUCAAGGUGCGAAAAUGCCAAAGGAAUGGUUAGAAAAUCCAAAUAUUCUUCUGCCAGUUGACAUUACUAAAAAAAUGUCACUAGAUGUCGCUACUUGUAUAAAUCGAUGUUUGAUCAGUCGUCGACUUCGCUUUGCCGCAGCCGAUGGUAACUUAAAUGAUGUUAUUCGAUGUCAACGGUUAGGAGCAGAUAUAAAUUCAAUGAAUUGUUAUGGAUCAACUGCUUUGCUAUAUACAAUUCAAUAUGGAAAUUAUUUUCCUAUUGUUCAUGCAUUAGUUUCAUGUGGUGCUUCGAUAUUGCAUUCUAAUGAAAGUGAACCCAUGUCAUUGAUUGAUAUUGCUAAAAAUAAAAAGUUUGACACAAUUGCGAACUAUCUCACCAUAGAAUUAAAUACACAAUUUCUCGGAUCAAUUAUAAAUGAUGAUCGAAAAAGUGCUCAAAGAUUCGAAGAACUCGGUGUGGAUUUUAAUUAUAAAGAUGAACAAAAACGAACAGCUUUGCAUUAUGCUGUACAAUAUCAUGGUAUCGAUCUGGUUCGAUGGUUAUGUGAUCGUAGAAGUUUACCGACAUCAGCUGAUAUUAAUGGCGAUUAUCCAAUUAUCUUAGCAACACAAAAAGGUGAUUAUCCUGUUGUUGAGUUAUUUGUUUUAAAAUAUCCUGCUACCAAAAAACAAACGAAUCAAAAUGGUCUUACAGCCUUACAAAUAGCGAAAAAACUUAAUUAUAAACGAAUUGUCGAACUUAUUGAAACUGGUAAACCAGUAUUCGCACCUGACGAUGACAAACAAUCACAAGGUCCAAAAUAUACACCUGAAAGACUUCAAGAAGCGGCUCAAAAAGGUCAAGUAGCUAUCAUUCAAGAAUUUCGUGAAGAACGUUAUGAUUCAAGAGAUGAAAAACGUCGACUAUGUUAUCAAAUUCUACGAGUAGCUGAAAAUUAUAAACAAUUUCAGAUACGCGAUAUUCUCAAACCAUAUUAUGAUAAUGAUCUCAAAGCAGAUAUACCAUCGGACAUAUCUGUCGGUGAAACAAUCACAUUAAAUAAGCCAAAUAAAGGAAUUCUUCUAGGAUUUCUCACAGGAUUAGGUGGUGUUGUUACUGAUUGUCCCAUUUUACUUGAUCCUACUGAUCCAAAUACUUAUAAAAAACUAUUUUCAGGUCUUGGAUCCAAAUUAACGAAACGAUUGAAACAAUUGAAAAACGUCAAAAAUGAACAAGAUGCCAAAGAAGUUUAUCAACAAGAUUCAGUUAAUAUGGAUGAAAAAUUAAAUAAAAUUAAAAUUAAAAUUCAUGAAUUAAUAGAAGCAAGAAAAGAAACAACACUUCGUAUACAAGAACGUGAUGAACAACUUUCUAAACAAAAAGAUUUAUCUGCAUUAGAACGAAAAACAUUAUUUGAAGAAAAAGAAGAAUUUGAACAACAAUUAAUUGUUUAUGAAUGUUCAAUUUCUUUAUAUCAACGUGAAGAAGAAGCAAUUUCAAAUCGACAAAAAAAUCUUGAAUUCAUUCAAAACGAUACGAAUUUAUAUUUGUUCUAUCGUACAAUAGAAAAUCGUCUAGAAUCUUUAUUUCACAGUGUUCUUGCUGCACAAUCAGGUGAAAUACAAACAAAAAAUUCAACAACAACAACAGGAUCUACAAAGACAAUUCCAUCAUCGGCUCUUCUCGCAUUUUGUGAUGUUAUCGUAAACGCCGUCAAAGAAUCCUUCGCUGAUAUUUUAUCAAAAUUAAAUGAAAAACAACAGAAACAAGAAUGGUUUAAUAUGUCCACUAUUGGAAGUAUUGGAGAGAUUAAUCGAAUCGCAUCGGAUACAGCUGGAUUUUUAACAUUGUAUUACAAAGAACAAAUACAAUCUAUUGAUGCAAAUUGUAAAAUGAAAGGAAUUAAUCCUUAUAAUGAUCAAUUCAAUUGGAUAAGAGAUGUUUUCACAAAUAUUCCUGAUGAAACAACUGAAGAAAUUCCUGUUAUUAUCGUUGCUGAUUAUGUAACAGCUUGGAUUAUUCAUGUAUUGAAAGUUAAUAGAAAAGAAAUUCAAGUUGACGAACCAUUAUCACAACAAUUAUGGUAUUUAGUUGCUAAAAAGAAUCUUGUUGAAGAACAAAUGUCGAAUAAACCAUCUGAUGUUGUCAGUGUCAUAGCUGGACAACAAAAAAUUGCUUUGAAAAAGAAAACGAAGAAUGAAGAAAGUCCAAUAUAUGUACAAUUGAAUUAUCUUAUUGGUUGUGUAUCAAUUGUCGGUCCCAAUGGAGAAAUUUAUCAAUAUUCGAUCUCGUUAGAACAAUCAAACAGAGAAGAUUUUGAUGAUUUAGACAUUUUUGGUUAUGUCUACGUUUCACCAUUCACUUCCGAUGAAAAUAUCUUUCAAUCUAUUGUCGGUGAAAGAAAAAUGCAAUUAGCGAUAAGAAAUGAUCAAAAUGAUAUUAUUACAAAACUCGAUGAAAUGAAACAACUUGCCAAAAUAUUCCAAUUUGAAAGAAUUGAAAGAACAAAUCAAUCUUACAUCACCAAAGAUACAAUGAAACAGAUUGCACAAGUAUUACACGAACAGAAGACAUUUACCAAUAUGUCAGAAGUCAAAACUGAACUCGAGAAAACUCGAAAAAUAAUUGAUAUCACUGUUGAUACUUUAAAAGAAAAUAUUGCAAAGAAAGUUGAAUUUUAUCAAACAUCUAUUGAUGCUGCACAUGAACAAAUUCAACAAGAAUCUACGCAAAAUAGACAAACUAUGAAAAAAGAUAAUGAAGAACGAUAUAAUCAAGCGAUAAACAAAUUAUCUCAAGAAUUAAAAGAAAUGAAAAUAAAUUUGGAAGAGACAAUCAACCAACGUAUGAAUACGAUUGAAAGUGAAAUGCGAACGAGAACAGAAGAAAUAUUAAAUAUUUCAAAAGCAGGUAGAGAUCGUUCCGAUCAAGCACUUAUUCAAGCAACACAAGCUGCUCAAGCAAGUGAAAAAUCUGCCAAAUCAAGUGAAGAAAAUACGAAAUAUUCUCAACAAUUGGUACAAACAACAGAACAACGUCGUCAAGAAAUACAAUUAACUGUUAAUCAAUGCGAACAAAAAGUCGAAACAACAAUCAAAGAACUGAAAAAUACGUUUGAACAAAAUGUCAUAGGAAUUCGUACGCGAUUUGAAAAAGAUCUCGAUCACACUAAACAAGUAAAUAAUGAAUUAGCUGCAAAGGCUAAAGAAUCAUCAAGAGCUGCUCAAGAUGCAAUGUCAAGUGCUCGAGAUUUGACAAAACUUACGAAAGAGGAACUUCAGAUUCAAAAAGCGGAAUCAAAGAAGAUCAUUUCAGAUAUGCACGAGACAUGUCGACAUAGUGAACGAUCAGCAGAUCAUUCUAAAGAAGCUGAAAAACAAGCGAAACGAGCAGUUGAAGCAAACACAACAGAAAUCAACAAAUUAACUGAAAUGUUUAGAAAAAUGCAAGAAACAGUACAGAGAUUAGAAAAGUUGGAGAAAAAACUCCAAGGUUAA